GCAAUGAAAGACGUGGAUGUAAAGCGUCUAUCCUAGUCAAAGCUCACCAGCUUACGAUUCCAAAACACAAGCUGCAAACAACAAAAUGGUCUCCGACAAUUCAAGCAACCAAGACCGUCUCCAACAGCUCAAGGCCUUUGACGAAUCCAAAGCUGGUGUCAAAGGGAUCGUUGAUGCGGGCAUCACCAAAAUCCCACCAAUUUUUGUCCGGCCUCCGGCAGAUUACGCCUGCGAAGAUCAAGUUUCCGGCAAGACAACCAAAACCCAUUUCAGUAUUCCGGUGGUAGACCUCGCUGACACUGCCGGCAGGCGACCGGAGGUGAUCGACGGAGUGCGGCGGGCGGCGGAGAGCGUAGGGUUCUUCCAGGUGGUGAACCAUGGGAUACCCAAGAGAGUGUUGGAGGGGAUGUUGGAGGCAGCGCGUGGGUUCCACGAGCUGCCGAGGGAAGCGAAGGCUGAGUACUAUAGUAGGGAGCUGAUGAGGAAAGUCAAGUUUGGGAGCAACUUUGAUUUGUAUCAGUCGAGAUUUGUUAAUUGGAGGGACACCUUGUUUUGUGUCAUGGGUCCUGAGCCUCUUGAUCCUCAAGAGUUGCCUCUGGUUUGCAGAGACAUUACCAUGGAGUAUUCAGAUCAAGUUCACAAACUAGGUGUGACGUUGUUUGAGUUGCUAUCUGAGGCACUUGGGCUCAAACCGGACCACCUUUUAGAAUUGGAUUGUGCAAAGGGGCAUCUUAUUCUUAGUCACUACUAUCCACCAUGCCCUGAGCCUGAACUGACUUUGGGCACAACCAAACACUCUGAUCCGGAUUUUCUCACCAUUCUACUUCAAGACCAUAUUGGUGGCCUCCAAGUUCUGUGUCAAAACCAAUGGAUUGAUGUUCCUCCUGUUCCUGGAGCUUUAGUGGUCAACAUUGGAGAUCUCUUGCAGCUUAUAUCCAAUGACAGAUUCAAAAGCGUAGAGCAUCAAGUGCUUGCCAACCUCGAAGGACCAAGAGUAUCUAUUGCUUGCUUUUUCACCUUGCAUGUUUAUCCAUCAACAAGGUUGUAUGGCCCCAUAAACGAAUUGCUGUCAGAAAAUCGCCCCCCUGUAUACAAAGAAACCUCACUUCAAGACUUCAUUGCUUACUCUUAUGGAAAAGGGCUUGAUGGGAACUCUGCACUAACACAUUUCAAGUGCCAAAGGUAACAAUGAAGAAUAGUACAUUGUGGCUCUUGGCAUAUGUUUGUAUGGCUUGUACUGUAACAACUAAAUAACCCAAACUAGAUGAAGAUGUUAUUGGUUUUACAUAUAAAGAUACUAGCUUACCCUUCCCA